AUGGUCAGCAGUAGUUCUCAGAAAAAUUUUCGCUCUCUCCUGAGCACAUUUCGCUCUCCAAGCUAUAAACCUGCCAAAACUCCAGAGGAGAAUGAUGAGUUCGAAGGAACUCCAACGAAAAAGGCAUACCGGGGGGACUCCCUUCUCCCAAACUUCGAAGAGUUCCAGCGCCAACCACAGAUACCCAAUGCCGAAAUUGACGUACUUGAUGAUGAUAUUCCCCUGGAUGCUUUUGAUAAGGAGUUGCUGUCACAGCUAGGUCAUGAUGCAACGGAACUAACUGUACCGAUGUAUGAACAAAAAGUUAUACCUCAACCUGAACCUUUCUCAACGCCUUUACAUCGGGGACGCUCCAGUAAAUUUGGCAGUUCAAAUACCCUCAUUACUCCACCAUUUCGACCACUGGCCUCCAGUUCUUCAGACUUUGAAUCGCCCCCGAGCCCGUCACUUACAGUUGAAGGAAUCUCUAGAGGGAGACUCCAUGGCCUGGACGUCCAUAAAAGUCCACAUUGGCCACCUGCACGGGAUAUCACUCCUCCGGUUACAUUUUCCCCUUUUCAGAGACGAGCAGUUGUCAAAUCUCCAGAGAUUCAGUUGAAACAUGCACCACCUAUUAUACAAGGCAUUAGACUUGUAUCUACUCGCGAACUCCCAGAUCGAUUUCGGACUCUCUUCUCUUUCCCGCUCUUUAACGCAAUCCAGUCCAAGACAUUCCCUGUGAUAUACCAUCGGGCCGAUAAUGUCGUCCUAUCUGCUCCCACUGGGAGUGGGAAAACAGUAAUCAUGGAACUAGCUAUCUGCAAGCUUGUUUCUGAUCUUAAGGAUUCACAUUUCAAAGUUGUUUACCUAGCACCUACAAAAUCACUAUGCUCCGAAAGAUUCCGGGACUGGCGUGCAAAAUUUGCUCCUCUCGACUUAAAAUGUGCCGAACUUACUGGGGAUACUGACCACUUUCAAAUUAGAAACGUCCAACAAGCCAGUAUCAUUAUUACAACCCCUGAAAAGUGGGACAGCAUGACUAGGAAAUGGAAGGACCACAUGAAGCUAAUGCAGCUCAUCAAGUUAGUUCUUAUCGAUGAGGUACAUAUCCUGAAAGAAGCCCGCGGAGCUAUAUUAGAAGCAGUAAUAUCCCGUAUGAAGUCAGUGAAUUCCAAUGUUCGCUUCGUGGCCUUAAGUGCUACCGUUCCAAAUUCGGAAGAUAUUGCAAGCUGGUUAGGAAAAGAUCCAACGAACCAACAUCUUCCAGCUCAUAGAGAGCGGUUCGGAGAAGAGUUCCGGCCCGUUACGCUUCAGAAGUUCGUUUACGGGUACCAAGCCAAUGGAAAUGAUUUCGCAUUCGAUAAAGUUUGUGAGACUAAACUUCCAGAAGUCCUUGCUAAGCAUUCGUCCAAGAAACCCAUCUUAGUGUUCUGCUGCACUAGGAAUUCGGCAAUUGCAACGUCAAAAAAUUUAGCAAAACUAUGGUCCUCAACCAAUCCCUCUCAAAGGCUUUGGAAAAGCCCUACAAAACCCAUCCACGUUCAGAACGCUGAUUUGAGCGGUAUUGUUUCUACCGGGGUAGCAUUCCAUCAUGCUGGUCUUGAUAGCGCUGAUCGGCAUACCAUUGAAACCAGCUUUCUAAAUGGCCAAAUAAAUGUGAUAUGUUGUACGUCAACAUUAGCUGUUGGUGUGAAUUUGCCAUGUCACCUAGUGGUCAUCAAAAACACAGUAUCCUGGCAAGACGGUGGUUGCAAGGAGUACGCGGACUUAGAAAUGAUGCAAAUGCUAGGCAGAGCAGGGCGACCGCAGUUUGAUGACAGUGCAGUCGGAGUUAUAAUAACUCGGAAGGAGAGAGUAGGCCACUACGAAAAGCUUGUUUCUGGCUCUGACCCUCUUGAGAGCUGCUUACAUCUGAACUUAAUAGAUCACCUCAAUGCUGAAAUAGGCCUCGGCACAGUUACAGACAUCGAAUCAGCAAUUCGAUGGCUUCGAGGGACUUUCUUUUUUGUUAGACUACAGCGAAAUCCUACCUAUUACAAACUAAAAGAGGGUGGUAAUAGGGCAGAUGAAGAGGAAUUGCUACGGCAGACUUGCGAAAAGGACCUGGAACUGCUCCAGGAAAAUGACCUAGUGACAGCAAACCCCCCGUUCAAAUCCACAGAGCUUGGAGAUGCAAUGGCUCGGUAUUACGUGAAGUUUGAAACGAUGAAGCUGUUUUUAUCUCUGCCUCAAAAAGCAAAAAUGUCUGAGAUACUUUCGGUCAUUGCUCAAGCAGAUGAAUUCCGGGAUAUACGGCUAAAGCCUGGUGAGAAAUCUCUGUACAAGGAGAUAAACAAAGCAAGUGGCAUCAAAUUUCCUAUCAAAACGGACAUAAAUCUUUCGGCUCAUAAAAUAACUCUCCUGAUUCAAUCUGAGUUGGGUGCUGUGGAACUUCCGUCUGGCGAACAAUUUCAGAAACACAGACUAUCGUUUCAACAGGAUAAAAGCCUAGUCUUUUCUCACAUCAACCGAAUUAUUCGCUGCAUCAUUGACUGCCAACUAGCUCAUGGAGAUUCGGUAAGCGCAAGACAUGCUCUUGAGCUAUCCCGGAGCCUAGGAGCAAAAGCUUGGGAUGACUCUGUGUUACAACUCAAGCAAAUAGACCAGAUCGGGAUCGUGGCGGUUCGGAAAUUUGCAAGUGCUGGCAUCACGAAUAUGGAGCAGCUAGAGGCGGCGGAACCAAUUCGUAUUGAAACUAUACUGUCAAGGAAUCCGCCCUUUGGCAUGAAAUUACUUACCCGAGUAGCCGAAUUCCCAAAGCCAAGGGUUUCUUUGAAAGAAGUUGGGAAGGAUAUUAAACCAGGGAAAAUUCCACGAGUUAAAUUUAAAGCAGAUAUUGGAUUUGUCAACGAGAAACCGCCUCUUUAUUUCCAAAAACGGCAGGUUUACGUAUGCUUUCUAGCAGAAAUUUCCGACGGCCGGAUCAUCGACUUUCGACGUUUUCAGUAG